GUGGGGGGAGGUGAGUUUGGGGGGUGAAUAAGAUGGGGCUCUCACUUAAUGCCAAUACUUGACCCCAUGGGAUCCCCAGAGCUUCUUGUGCUCUCUGCAAAAACGCUUCCUCUUCGAUCUGUCCAUUUCCUCCUUUCUUCCCUCCCCAAAUAAUUACCAGUUUGCUUUCUUGCAAAGAGAAUGCCAUUGCACUGGAGAUCCUAAAGCAAGUUGCUUUGCAACCCCCCCCCCCCCCCCACCCCUCACCCCAUCUUCUCUCCACUCUCCUCUCUCUCCUCCUCCUCCUCCUCCUUCUCUCCACUCUCCCUCUCUUCUCAUAGUUUCAGAGCAGUUUCAAAGGGAAAAAAGAGGUACAGGUUAUUGGAGCUCACAGCUGUGAGAGGGAGAGAAGAUUCAGGUUGUCUUGUUAACAGCUCUGCAAACCUGUUGGCAAUGCAGCAUCCUUGAAUGUUCCUUCUUCACCUCCCUGGUUGGCUUGUGGGGUUUUCUUUCCUCUCUCUCUCUCUCUCUCUCUAUCUCCCUUUCCCUCUGCCCCCACUUCCAAAAAAAAACUUGUCUAUUUUGUUUUAAUCCAGCAAGACUAUACUUUUCCAACUGUUGUUGUUUUUAUUCAUCAUCUCCAUCCCAAAACCUCCCAACACUGACCCAAAACUCCCCUACGAUGCUGAAGAUCUUAACCAAAAAGUUCAGAGCUCAGGCGUUGAACGAGAUCCAACCUUUCCAAGUCAAGAUCUUCUACUCUCCAAGUGAUGAGGACGACAGUGAAGACUCGGAAGGAGAGAAUCGGGAACUUGCCCAAAUUGACCAAGAGAGUCAAAGGGAGGUCUUGGCAUCUCCUUGUCAGUGCCUGGGGCCGCUGUGCCAGGCGCUCACCACGUUGGACCCUCUGGACUGGCACAGCUCGGAGGAGGAGCUGGAACACAUCAACCGGGAGUUUGGGGGCGAGAAGCGCAAGUGGGCCCAGGUGAACCGACCUGCUCGCCACAGCGACAACACCUCAUCCAGUGACGAAGAGGUCAAGGACUUGUGCGCCACGUCCCACAGGAUCGGGGGGCGUCUUGAAGCCGUGGCCGACCGGGGUAGCCCUGUGCUAUUCAGCGCUUCCCCUCCCACCAGGGCCCCCCAUCCCUCGGUGCAGGGCCCUACGGGGCAGACUAUACCGGCCACUCCGGGGGUCCAGUCGGAGAAGGCCACCCCCUGCAAGCGACACCGACAGACACAGGGAGACGGCUUCGGCAGACCAAGCCUGGACCUGGAGAAAAUGCAGCAGAGCAUCCCCGGCUGCCGGCCUCCGUCGAGGUACCGCUACGACUCCUCCGCCUUCGCCUUCCGCUCGCUGAGCACGUUGGCCUCCGUGAGCCCGAUGACCUCAGUAGAAGAGCCGCCAUGUGCGUACUGAAACCUGACACUGACUCUGCUCCCAAUAAAACCCUCAGCGCGGCAGAAAGGACGCGGGGAAUGACAAGGCACAGCCACACAACUGGCAUGUCGCCAGCUACCGUCAUCUUCCUUCUUUUAUCGCUCACGGACAUCAGCUUCGUAGUACUAUAGAGCUGAUUACUUAUGAUAGAUUGGACGUUGGUUAAAGGCUUGAGGUACUGUUGUCAGCAGAGGGCUUCUCCUCGUUCCCCCCCCCACCCACCUCCGUUCUCCUCAAAUUGUUGCACUGGGGGCCUGUGUUACAGUUGCGGGAGAAUAGUUCAUGAUGAAAAGCUUCUAAGAAAUACUGUUAUAUUAAGGAAUGUUCAUGUACACGUGUGUGUGUGUGUGCGUGCAGGCAUUGCCCACAUUAUUACUGGAGCUGUGACGGGAAGGGAAAAUGAUAAAUUUGGGAGGCUGAGGAUCGAAGAAGCCCAACAAUAAAGCGACUUCUAGAAGCAGAGAGAUGCCGAGCGGUAAAGACAGGCCUAGCAGUAAAGAGAGGCAUUAGCAAUGAAGAGAAAGAAGCUGAACAGUAAAGUUAGGCUCAGCAACAGAGGCCUAACAAUGUCAAGAAGUCUGACCGUAAAGCGAGGCUUGACGGCAAGCAGAAGCCUUAGCAACGAAGAGUAGAUCUAACAGCCAAGACUUUAAUCCAAACUCUGCUCCUUUAUCCUCCCUCCACGGCAAACUGGAUAGUGACCGUAUUCAACGCGGUCACAUUGCUAAAAAGGCGGCCAGGCUGGGUGCGGUUAUCAGAUGGAAGGUUUGCCUAUAUCACUUCACUGCUGAAACCUAUUAAAUAUUUCCACUGAUUUA